UAAAUGUUUGUAAAGAAAUAAUCGUGUUAAUUGGAAGUUAUUUUGCAGAUUUCGUCAUGAGAUUUAAGUGUUUGUACGUCGCUGUUUCUUUGGUCUUUUUGUCAAUAUUCUGCGAGGAAUUGUCCGACAAACUAAAUAAUUCAACAGUGGAAUACGACCCGGAAGCUUUGCUAAUUAAAAUCUUUAACUUGAACGGAACUAUACAAAGUCGUACUAAAUUCAAUUUUGAAGAAAGUGAUCGAGAUGUCUAUUUCGACUCUAACAAAAUGAUAUCAAAAGUCAAUGAUAAUAUACAAUUGAACACAAAUGAAGAUAAACAGGAAAUAACAUUCUUAGACGAUAAUAGGGUAGGUAAAGUAAAGAAGAGGAGGAGACGCAAACCUAGGGUGCAGGGACCACAGGGUUUGACUCCUGGAUAUUAUGGACCUUACGCACCCUAUGUCCAACCACCCGGUAUUGGAGGAUCUCCGUUUUACGGACAAGACCCAAGCGGUAUUUACAGGCCACCUAAUCGUCAAAGGCCGUCACUGGCCACUGAAGCAUUAUCGACUGUUAGCGAAGCUCUAACAUCGAUAGCAUUGUUCGACGAUCGGGAGUGCGUGGCGCGGUUGCUGUGCGAGGCGGCAAGCGGAGCCCCGGUCUCCGGAACUUUGCAGUCCAUCGCUGGACUGCAGCCUCUGCUCACGUAA